CCGGAAGCCGGGCCCCUCUCGCGAGACCCGGCGAAGCGGCGCCGGGAGGCCCGUUGCCGUGUGGAGGUCGUUGGUGUCACUUGCCAGCCGCCUGUUCCUUCGCCUGUCGUUCCGCUCCCCGCCCGCUCCAGCCAUGUUCUCCGCCCUCGCCCGCCCUGCCGGCGCCGCUCUCCGCCGCAGCUUCAGCACCUCGGCCCAGAAAAAUGCUAAAGUGGCCGUGCUGGGGGCUUCUGGAGGAAUCGGGCAGCCCCUGGCGCUUCUCCUCAAGAACAGUCCCUUAGUGAGCCGCCUGACCCUCUACGAUAUCGCUCAUACGCCCGGGGUGGCCGCAGAUCUGAGCCACAUCGAGACCAGAGCGACCGUGAAAGGCUACCUCGGACCUGAGCAGCUGCCGGAUUGCCUGAAAGGCUGCGAUGUGGUGGUGAUCCCAGCCGGAGUCCCCAGAAAACCAGGCAUGACCCGGGAUGACCUGUUCAACACCAAUGCCUCCAUCGUGGCCACCCUGACCGCGGCCUGCGCCCAGCAUUGCCCCGAGGCCAUGAUCUGCAUCAUUUCGAAUCCGGUGAACUCCACCAUCCCAAUCGCGACGGAAGUUUUCAAGAAACACGGGGCAUACAAUCCCAAUAAAAUCUUCGGGGUGACGACCCUGGACAUCGUCAGAGCCAACACGUUCAUUGCGGAACUGAAGGGUCUGGAUCCUGCGCGAGUCAAUGUUCCGGUCAUUGGCGGCCAUGCCGGGAAGACCAUCAUCCCCCUGAUCUCGCAGUGCACUCCCAAGGUGGACCUUCCCCAGGACCAGCUGACAGCCGUGACGGGGCGGAUCCAGGAGGCCGGCACGGAGGUGGUGAAGGCCAAAGCUGGAGCAGGCUCGGCCACCCUGUCCAUGGCGUAUGCCGGAGCGCGGUUUGUCUUCUCCCUCGUGGAUGCGAUGAACGGAAAGGAAGGCGUCGUCGAGUGUUCCUUCGUGAAGUCCCAGGAAGCAGACUGCGGCUACUUCUCCACGCCGUUACUGCUGGGGAAAAAGGGCAUCGAGAAGAAUCUGGGCAUCGGCAAGAUCUCCCCUUUCGAAGAGAAGAUGAUAGCGGAAGCCAUCCCCGAGCUGAAGGCGUCCAUCAAGAAGGGCGAGGACUUCGUGAAGAGCAUGAAGUGAGCGGGCGGCCCGCGGCGGUCCGUCGCCCUAACUCGUGAAAGCAUCGUGUCUCUGUAAAGCCGUUUCCCGCCCCCGUGUUGGCGUCUGUUAAACACGAGUGUCGUGCUAGCGUCGUCCUCCCUGGACCGUCUCUGGGCGCAUCAGUAAAAGCAGGCUUUGGUUUUCUUUUUCAA